AUGCGCCCGAGUCGUUCGAAAGUGUGCAAGCGGAUUCCCACCAAAGAAACACGGCACAGCACCAGGCUUGCACAAGCAUGCAAACCCCGUCUUCCCUCUCCUCCUAGUGAAGGACCACCAGCCGGUCAUAAGCGAAAACUUCAGGGAAGAGACGACGAAGAUCUUGAGUCAGGCUUGGAAAAGACACACAAACUCAGACGUGUCCGAGAGACACCCACUCCGUCAGGAAGCUCGACCGCGAAUACCCUAUCAUACGGUCCAUCGGUCCACUGGGAGGAUUACUUUCCGCAGUGGCCGUCGACCACACUUAUGGACGAAUCAAUGACCAAAAAGAGAAACCGAACCCCAUCCCGCACUCCGUCCAGUAGUUACAGUAAAAGCGUUCGAGAUGGCGAGGCUCCAGCGGCCUGGACACGGCAGCACGAGGAGAAAAUGCAAGAGGCUGGACUUUUCAUGACAGAUUACCAACAGCGCGCCUCGAUCACCGAUGAUAGCAAGAAGUUGUGCGACGAACUCUACGGGAAAGAUUACAGCGAUCCUAGUGGACCGACCUUCGAGCCGCAGAGGCUUGCGAAGAUUCUUGAUCGUAUACGCUUUCGAAAUGAGGCUCGUGUGGUCCGAGACAUCAUGCCUGUCCUUGUUCCAUCCGCUGAGUUGCUCCAUAUCGACGGCGUCGCCUCACUGAACGACAUAUGCGAGGCGUUGAAUGCCGAGUGGACUCAGUGCGACACCCUGUGCGGCCCGCGACCAAAGCCGGAUUUCGUUGCAGGAGUGGCAGGCUCCGCCUUCACCAAUGAAGAAAGGGAGAAACUCCAACUAAGCCACACAAGCGCGAGUCCCAACUCAUUCCCCGAGAACAUGUACUAUCCGUUCUUAAUCUGCGAAGUCAAAGGCAGUGACAGACCUGUGGACGCUGCAGAACGGCAGGCUAUGCACAGUGCUAGUAUUGCUGUACGUGCUCUGAUCCAGCUGUACCGGAAAAUUUCUGCUGCAGAUGAACUGGAUGGCAAAGUCCUGGUUUUCUCCAUUGCGCACGACGCUUCCAUGAUCAAAGUCUUUGGUCACUUUGCGAAAAUUGAGGGUGACAAGCUUACUUUCUUUCGCCAUCAAUUAUAUCUCAGUGAUAUCGCCACCGACCUGCGAUCAAAAACAUCAUCACGCGCAUACAAGAUCACCCGUGCCAUCUACGAGGUCUUCUUUCCUCAACACCUGGCUCGGAUCAAAAGCGUUCUAUCCAAGCUUAGGAGUUCCACGGUGGCGUCCUUCACAUCUCAACUGGAUCUGGUCGAUGGCUCCCAGGAAUCCACUAUCAGCAAUUCAUCGCAGGAAGAUGCAAGGUUCAAGAAGCCCUCGCUUUCGUCCACCGCAAUGCUGCAGCAAGAGAACGAAAGGCUUCGCGAGCAGCUUCUGGAGGCAGUUGAAGCUAUAUCACAACGGCAAGAACAAGACAAACAACGAGCGAUGAUGGAGCGACAGCUAGUACAGCAGAAGACAGAGCAGGACAUUCAACGCACGAUGAUGGAGCGACAACUAGCCCAGCAGAAGACAGAGCAGGACAACCAGCGUACAAUGAUGGAGCAACAAAUGACUCAACAGAAGGAGCAUAUGGAACAGCAGUUGGCUCAACAGAAGGAGCAUGUGGAACAGCAACGUGAGCUCAUUGCUUUACUGAAGGAGUCGAAGAGCAAGUGA